AUGAGGAAGGAGUACGUUUGUUUUAAAGAAGGGGAGAGAAAAAAUUCUAAGGCCACUAUACGACGUCGGGGUUUAACUAGAGAGAAAUGUGGUGCAAAACUUGCUAUCGUAAGAAAAGGUGAAGUGUUUGUUGUAUCAAAAUUUGUCGAGGGUCAUAACCAUGAGCUUACAACGCCAAGAAAGGUGCAUUUAUUAAAAUCUCAUCGCCGAGUAUCUGCCGCACAAAAAGCUUUAACGCAACAAUUAUCUGCUGCUAAUGUGCCAACUUGCCAACAAAUGACACGAGAUCUUUACAAUGAUAAAAGAGAUAGGAAGAAUGUAGUACAUGGUCAUGAUGCGAACAUUUUGUAUGAGCAUUUCGAGAUGGAACAACAAAAGAAUCUGGGCUUUAGGUUCACAUUUGAGAGAGAUGAUAAGGAUAAAAUGAUUCAUUGUUUUUGGGCAGAUGUGACAUCUAGAAAGCAGACAACACUUCUUGGGUGUGCGUUCUUAAAUGAUGAAAAAACUGAUUCGUUUGUGUGGCUCUUCAAUGAAUGGUUAAAAGCGAUGCCAGGUGGACCACCCAAAAUGAUCAUAACUGAUCAAGAUCCGGCAAUGACAAGAGCAAUUGCUUCUGCUCUUCCAAAUACAUUUCAUCGAUAUUGUAUUUGGCACAUUGUGAGCAAAUUUUCUGAAAAAUUGGGUGCACUGUCAUAUAAAGAACAUUAUGAUGAGUUGAAGAAUUGUAUAUGGAAUUCUGAAACACCUGGAGAGUUCGAUGCAAGAUGGGCAACUAUUGUAGGAAACUCUAAGUUGUCUAGUAAUAAAUGGUUGCAGGACAUGUAUGAAAUUCGUGAUAGAUGGGUUCCCGCAUAUACGAACCACAUGUUUUCUGCCCACAUGACUAGUAGUCAACGGGCUGAAAUUUCUCAUUCGUUUUUCAAGAGGUAUGUGUCCAAAGAAAAUUCAAUGAUGAAUUUUGUGACGCGAUUCAAUAGGGCACUUGCCAAAGUCCGACAUAAUGAAUUGAAUUUGGACCAUAAAGAUGUAAAUGAGAAGCCUCUCUUGAAAACCUUGUGGGCAAUGGAAAAGAAAAUGAGUGAAAUAUAUACACGGAGCAUAUUUGAGAGGUUUCAAGAGGAGAUCUUUCAAAUUAAUGCGUAUGUGGUUACGUUCAUACGCGAGAAUGAACAUUGCUGUUUGUGGAAUGUUCAGAGAGAAGAAACAGAAGGUGCGAGAACCCGUGAGAUUUCGGUGGAUAAGUCAUCCAACCUUGUGAGUUGUAGCUGUAAGUUGUUUGAAUUUGAUGGAAUUCCAUGUCGGCACUUGUUGGCGUACCUUUUUAGAAUGCAAAUUAGGGAACUCCCUAGUGAAUACAUCUUGCAUAGGUGGACGAAAACAGCAAAAGCGGGCAGGGUGAUGGAUGACUUAGGUAGUGGUGUGAAAGAAAUAUGGAACAGUUCACUUCUUGUGAGGCGACAAGGUCUCUUCCAACUUGCUUGUACAGUUAUCGAUGAUGCUGUAUUAGAUGAAGAAAAAAGUGAAAUUGUGCGAGAAGCUUUGGAAUCUAGUCAAAUGAAGAUUGCAUUGAUGAGGAGUUCUCGCCAAGAUGGUUCAACGAAUCGUAUCCAAGUGCCGCCUUCUCUCGGAAGCCAACAUAGUUUGAAAGAACCACUUCAAGUUAGGGCAAAGGGUUGUGGUAAGCAUUUGAAAGGAGGAAAAGAGAAGGCCGUCAACAAGAUGAGGAAAUGUAAUGGUUGUGGGUUAACGGGACAAUCGCAUGACAAAAGGAAUUGUCCAAAACUUAUGAACAUGUCUUCACAAGAUGUUAGGUUGAGUGAUGACGAGGAUGAUGACACUGAUGACGUUGACGAUGAGUGUAAGUGUUUGUGA